UACAGAAAAAGUCAUUACAUUAGGAGAGAGAAGCGGACAGAGAAAUAUAGAUCAUUAUCAUCAUCAAAGAUCACCAUGAUGAUCUCCAUUGCUUCUCCUCUCGAAACCCAAACUAAACCAGCUGACAUCUCUCCCAAUAUCUCCACCACCACCACCAUUGAUGACCACGAACAUGUCUUCAAAUCCAAAUUACCCGAAAUACCCAUCUCCGACAACCUCCCACUCCACACCUACUGCUUCCAAAACCUCCCGGAAAACGCAGACCGGCCAUGCCUCGUCGUCGGCUCAACCGGAAAGACUUACUCCUACGCCCAAACCCACCUCAUUGCCCAAAACACCGCCGCCGGACUCGCCCGGCUCGACAUCCGAAAAGGUGACGUCAUCAUGCUCCUCCUCCACAACUGCGCCGAGUUCGUCUUCUCCUUCCUCGGAGCUUCCAUGAUCGGAGCCGCCACCACCACCGCCAACCCUUUCUACACCUCAGCCGAGAUUUUCAAACAGUUAAAACUCUCCAAAGCCAAGCUCAUCCUAACCCAAUCCCAGUUCGUCGACAAGCUCAGAGAUGACCCAGAAAAACUCAUCGGCCGGGACUUCUCAGUCGUCACCACCGACGACCCACCGGAGAAUUGCUUGCCGUUCACCGUUCUCUCCGAGGCGAAACAGAGCGACGAACCAGAGCCUGUCGAGAUCCACCCGGAAGACCCCGUGGCCAUACCGUUCUCGUCCGGGACGACGGGGCUGCCCAAAGGGGUGGUGCUGACGCACAAGAGCUUGAUCACGAGCGUGGCGCAGCAGGUGGACGGAGAGAAUCCGAACCUGUAUUUGAAACCAGACGAUGUGGUGCUCUGUGUUCUUCCUCUCUUCCAUAUCUACUCGCUCAACAGUGUUCUUCUCUGUUCGUUGAGAGCCGGAGCUUCGGUUCUGCUCGUGCCGAAGUUCGAGAUCGGAACUCUGCUGGAGUUGAUUCAGAAACACCGUGUUUCGGUGGCUGCGGUGGUGCCGCCGCUGGUGCUGGCUCUGGCGAAGAAUCCUGUUGUGGCUGAGUAUGACUUGAGCUCCAUAAGAAUGGUGCUCUCUGGGGCGGCGCCGCUGGGAAUGGAGCUUGAAGAUGCUCUCCGGAGACGAGUUCCUCAGGCGGUUAUCGGCCAGGGAUAUGGGAUGACUGAGGCUGGGCCAGUGCUAUCGAUGUGCUUGGCCUUUGCAAAGAAUCCAUUCCCUACCAAGUCAGGCUCAUGUGGCACCGUAGUUAGGAAUUCCCAACUCAAGGUCAUAGACCCUCAAACUGGUGUCUCCCUUCCCUAUAACGAGCCCGGUGAGAUUUGCAUCCGCGGCCACCAAAUCAUGAAGGAGUAUUUGGACAACCCCGAAGCCACCGCCACCACCAUCGACGUCGAUGGUUGGCUCCACACUGGCGACAUUGGCUAUGUCGACGAUGACGGCGAGAUCUUCAUUGUUGAUAGAGUUAAGGAGAUUAUCAAGUUCAAGGGUUUUCAGGUACCACCAGCAGAGCUUGAGGCCCUCCUUAUUAGCCACGCUUCGAUUGCAGAUGCUGCAGUAGUUCCGCAAAAAGAUGAGGUGGCCGGAGAAGUACCAGUUGCUUUUGUGGUUCAAUCAAAUACUGGCUUUGAUCUGACUGAAGAGGCUGUAAAAGAAUUCGUAGCAAAGCAGGUGGUAUUCUACAAGAAAUUGCACAAGGUUUACUUCAUUCAUUCGAUUCCAAAAUCUCCAUCGGGAAAGAUUUUAAGAAAAGAUCUCGUAGCCAAGCUUGCCCUAAUAGCUUCAGCCUCACCUGUUUCUGCUCCUACUCCUACCUCUACUAAUAAUAAUAAUGAUAAAUCUAAUCAAUAAUUAGUGAAAUGUAUUCAUUUUAAUUAUUUAUUGGUUUGAUGGGUGUUCUUCAUUCUUAAUAAGAAAGUAUUUUUGGGUGUUGUGAAGCUACAAAUUAACUUAGCCAACAUCACCACUUCUCAUUCAUUCAUGAAUUGUGUGUAUUUACAUGUAUUGUUAAAGAGUUGUAGUGCAACAAAAGCUCUCUCUUGUUAAGUAUUCAAUGACACUCGUCAUUUAUCUAUUCAA